GGCUCGAGCGCAAGACAAGACUUCACAAGACAGUUGAAGUUUUGCCGCCAAGGAGGCAGGCGUCUUGCGGUUUCUAACGCCAUCUAUUGCGCUUUACGAAAACUUUUUUCGGCCUUUCUCUCCCGAACUGUCAAAUUUAAUCAUUGUUGACAGUUUCGUGAAUAGAACUCAAGUUGUUUGCUGUAAAUCAGUGUUUUAAAAUAAGUUCAAACUUUUAAGUUGUGUGCGAAUAAGGAAUUUCUGACACGCAAACAGGUUUCCGAUAGAAUGUUAUGGAUUUUGUAACCGCUUGCGUCCAAUAAAAUCAUUCAUUGAAUAACAGUAGCUGUACCUGUACAAUCUGUGUUAGUGUUUUUCUGGACAAUAAGGAACAUUUUACUGGAUUGCUGGGUAAAAGAUUACACAACUUUGGACUAUUUGGUUACACGCUUUAAUGAAAAGAUGGUCCCAUUCAGCAGCGCGAUGGACAGUUUGAAAACCCAAGGAUGAGUGCAGUUAAGUGACAAAAAACUAAAAGUGAAAAAUUGUGAUGAGUGCGGCGAAGGAAUAAAGUGCCAAAAUGAAACAAAAGAUGGCGUUGUUGAAAGUGACACUGUGCUGUGUGGUGCUGAGUGCGUGUGUGCUGCAAGUGUGUGGACACGUCGCCUUAACGUUUCCUCCGGCGAGGAAAUACGAUUUGGACUUUUUAGACAACUCCAGAACGAAACCGCCAUGCGGGAUGCCCAGAGGGUCAAUAAAGACUACAUUUAUGUCAGGAUCAACCUUCACAGCGCACUGGCACUUAGCGUAUGCUCAUCGGGGAGGAUUUAGUUUAAGAAUUUUAGAUGAGCUUGAAAGGCCUGUCCUUGACUUGACUCCGCGAGCGGCCGGGUCGGAAUUUGUUAGAGAUGACGUCACAGCACAAACCUACGAGGUCCGCCUCCCGUCAGACUUCACGUGCCACAACUGCACUCUACAGCUUCAGCGCGAGGCCGGCGAGUGGGGCACCAACUACCGGUUCUGGUCUUGCGCAGACAUCGACAUUGUGCCUCGCAAGGAAUACCACGAGACGUGCUCAGGCCACGGCUACCACAUCCUGGGCCGGUGCAAGUGCCACGCGGGGCACUCCGGGCCGCGCUGCCAGUUCACAUCCGAGUGCAGCGAGAACAGUGACUGUGGACUGCGCGGGCACUGCCACGGACACUGCUACUGCCCGCACAACUCGCACGGACGCGGCUGUAAUAAGAAGGGUCCGUGGAAGGAGAAGCCCAACCUGGAUCUCUUCAGCCGGCGCGCCCUGUCUCCGCAGUUCAACGUGUACUGGAGGGUACUGAAGGAGCUGGGAGAGCUGGAGGUCGUCAUGGUGGUCAACGGGACCUCGUAUGCGGGUAUCGGUUGGCGGCCGCGCGGACUUACGGCAAAAUGCAGAAACUUCCCGGUGCUUGGGCCACCACAUCCAGAGCCCAACGCUGAACCAGAACCCUCUGCUGAACCCAAACCAGAGCCCAGUGCAGAACCAGAGCCUAGUGCCGAGCCUAAAUCUGAGCCUGAACCUACCGCGGAACCUAAAUCUGAGCCUGAACCUACAGCAGAGCCUAAAGCAGAGCCAGAACCUACGGCAGAGCCUAAAGCAGAACCAGAGCCGUCAGCUGAACCAAAACCAGAGCCAGAACCGACAACAACAGAGAGUUCAGAGAAUGACAACAGGAACAAGAGAGUGGCGAUGCAUUCUCUAGACGGAAUUGACUUCAAAAAUCUAGGCAAUGAUGUGACGGUCAAGACUAGCGUGUCUUAUCAAGUCUCUAAAGGUCGAGGAAAACGUGCAGCACCGGAAAGUAAUAAUGUUGCGUCUACGGUCUCAGUUAAAAAGCAAUAUAAAAAGACCACUCCUCAACCCACUCCCGAGCCCACCACCCCUGAGCCAGAACCUAAUUCUGAGCCAGAACCCACGGCCGAGCCCAAGGCCGAGCCAGAACCGUCUCCUGAACCUAAGUCUGAGCCUGAACCUAGCCCAGAACCUAAGUCUGAGCCCGAACCUUCCCCUGAACCAAAAUCCGAGCCCGAACCAACGGCUGAGCCUAAGUCUGAACCUGAACCUACUUCUGAACCCAAUUCCAAGCCUGAACCUAGUCCUGAACCGAAAUCAGAACCUUCUCCCGAGCCCAAGUCAGAGCCAGAGCCUCAUCCCGAACCUAAAUCUGAACCCGAACCUAGUCCGGAACCUAAAUCAGAGCCUGAACCUAGCCCCGAACCUAAAUCUAAACCACAUCCCAGCCCUGAACCUAAAUCCGAGCCAGAACCUUCUCCUGAACCAAAGUCCGAACCUGAACCCAGUCCCGAACCUAAAUCUGAGCCCGAACCUAGCCCAGAACCUAAAUCUGAGCCCGAACCUAGCCCAGAACCUAAAUCUGAGCCUGAGCCUAGCCCAGAGCCCAAGUCGGAGCCCGAACCGGGAAUGUUGCUAGUCAAGGGACUGAAAGAAAAUGAAGGAUAUUACCCAACUCACGAAUACAGUCCGAAAUACGACUUCAAUCCCAUGGACUGUACCGACAUAGUCAUCGGAACGGCCAAGGGCAAUUAUCACAGGGUGAAUGAUUAUUACACCAGAGACAGGUCAACACCUCGCGAAGACACAUUCUGGGGCGGUCACAACGAUCUCACGGCAUCUUCAGGGUAUGAAGAAAACGGAGUCACCACCAUCAUGUUUAGAAAGAAACUCAAGUCGACAGAGCCCACGGACCACUCCAUCGUCGACGACCUGAUGCACGUGAUCUGGGCCCGAGGCCAGGAGCCGCAUCAGCUAGUUCACUCCCCGCCCGCCGGGAUAGAGACUGAGAAGGCCAGCAAUAGAGACUUCUACAAGCAGGAUGAGCUGAAGUACCACGGCCAUGGCGGGCAGAGGGGCGUCGCUAGUAUUAACUUCUUUGAAGAAACAACUACCUCAAUAUCUGGCGGCGUCACCCCACUAGACAACAACAAAUGUGGCGGCCAAUGGCGGUUCCCAACCAACUGUGACAUCAAGAACAACACGUGUGAAUACCUCGCCUCGUGGGAGUAUCUCGGUUUGAAGCGAGGGAAGGACAGUGUCAAGUUUACCGUCAAGACCAAGCAUACCAAGUUCUGGACCGGUAUUGGGUUCAGUCAGGACAAGAGAAUGUCCCAAACAGACGCGAUCAUCGGCUGGGUGGACCCGCGCUCCGGCCGUCCCUUCCUCAUGGACACCUUCGUCUCAGGAUACGCGGCGCCACGAGUUGACAGUCAGCAGGAUAUUAGCAAAGAUACUGGAAGUGUGAUAGAUGGGGUUACCACGCUGAGCUUCGUGAGGAAGAGGGAUACUAAGGAUCAAAAGGACCUAGCGUUCACGGACGAGCAAUGUCUCUACAUGAUGUUCAUAGUGCAGGGCGGCGCGUUCGAUGCCGUCAACAAGCGCACCAGCAAGCAUUUACAGACGCCUAUUGUUACUGAAGAGAGGGUGUGCAUCAAGGCUUGUGGACCGGAGCCAACAGACGAGGAGCUGUCCACAGAGCCCGAGGUGCCGGGGCUCGCGUCCUACUCCGUGCUCAUCCGCAUCACCGGCCUCGCCGACAGCUUCAAGCCGCCCGCACCAGGGAGCAAGGAGUUUGAUGAACUGAGUCAGACUGUUGUCAGCAAUAUUGCCAAGGAGUUGCGCACGAAGCCUGGCUAUUACGAUCUGAAGGUCGACGGGUUUAUACAAAACGAAACCAAAGCCAUCAUAGCAGAGAUGACCCUCAAAGCGAUAGAAUCAAACAUGAUCGAGGGAUCCAGCGCGCGAUCGCUCGACAAGUCGCUGGACUCACUCGACCAGUCCGUGGAUCAGUCGGCAGAUAACGCAACAAUGGCCGAUGCUGGUAUGAAGAGAUGGCAGAGAGCUGUCAAAGAUACGCUCGCUUUAGGCAGAGUUGGGAAUCUGAAUGUUGAUCCUGAUUUCUUGGUUUUCGAGCCUCAGAGUUUGAUAUCAUCCCGCCCAGUCGACCCGCCGGCCGGCAAUGCUAGAACAUUCUUCGGCCUCGCCGAGACGAAGCUAUACAUCGUGGUGGGCUGUGUCUGUGCACUUAUAGUGGUGGCUCUGAUACAAGCUGUGUGUACUGUUAGCCGCGGCCGAGCGAAUAGAGGAAAGGACCAACUGAUCCCCAACUCAGCGUGGAAAGACUACUCCAGCUCAAACACAAACUACGCCUUCGAACCAUUCGAGAACGACGACAAAUACAACAGUACCGUAUCCACGGCUCCACUCAGAGACAGACCCAACACCGCCCCCUUACGACCCACCAACCCGCCCCCCCCUCGCCCGUCCAGCGCGGGGAAACAAAAUGGCGGCAAGGGAAAACAAAAUGGCGGACAGAAAAUGGCACCAAACGGCCACGGGACCACGGGACGGCCGAGGAAUGGACAUGGCAAUAUGAAUAGCCAUCCCAACCCGCAUCAGGCUCAGAAUGUUCCUCAGAAUAUGCACCAUCAGAACGGGCAUCAGAAUAAUUAUUAUAAUGAGACGCGGUCGCUGCAACGGCCGCGAGGACAGUAUGGCUACGUGGGCCAAGGUCCCCGAGCCACCUACUCGCUGCCGCGCGGCGCGCGCGGGCCGGACGGCGCGCAGCCAGACUUCUACUUCAUGCCGAGCCAGAGGAAGUACGAAGGUGAAGUAGUCAGGGUCUAUGUGGAUUAUAGGGAUAGGGAGUAGUGGGAGAUAGGGAGUAGAGGGAGAGAGAGGGAGAAA